AUGAAUAGUCAUCGCAAAUUAACUCUUUCUGAAUAUCAAACCAAAUAAAGACAAAUCCAUGAACAUAGAAGUCCAAAAUCAAAUAAAUUUCAUACUCCUUAACAAAAAAUCAAUAUAAAUUCUCCAAAGAUAUAAAUCACCCCAAAAUAACAAAAGCCAAAACCAUUUUCAGAUAGAUCCAUCUCCAUCAAUCUCAAUUUAAAUUUUCCUUUCCCUUCCAAAAUUUCCAAGCUGACAAAACUACAAUCUUUAGAUGAAGAGACUAAAUAAUGUGAAUCUAAGAAUUAAUAACUAACAAUUGAAUAAAAAAGUCCAAAAUAAGAAGGAAUAGACAAAUUAAGAUCAUAAUUGAAUGAAUAAUUUUUAAAGGAAAGCUCAUGUAAUAGAGCAGGAGCUUGUCUCUAAUUUCUUGAACCUUCAAUAGUUCAUAAUAUGUGUAAUUAUCUCAUAUCAAAUUUAGUAAACCUAUCACCUAAAGUUAAAGUUAAUUCAGACCUUCGUGCUUCUGUUACUUCAAGAGACUUAAAUGGUAAUACAGCACUUCAUUUUGCUGCUAAAAAUGGAAAUAUUCAUCUUGUACAAGCACUUCUGUAUAAGGAUAUACAAAUAGAUACAUAGAAUGAAGAUAAAAUGACACCAUUAUUAUUGAGUGCUUAUUAGUAUUAAAUUUAAAUAUAAAAACAUAGUGGGAAAUUGGAAACUUUAUAAAUAUUAGUCAAUUUAGGAGCUAAUAUCAAUCAUCAAGAUAUUCAUGGUAAUACUUCUCUCCAUUAUGCAUGCAAAUAUAAUUUUAAAUCAAUUGUGGAAUUCUUACUUUAAAAAUAACAUCUUAUCUUAUUAUAAAAUCAUGAUUAAAAAUAUCCAAAUUUUUAUAUUGAGGAUACAGAAAUUGCUUAAAUAUUUGCAGACUAUUUAGAGUAGUCAAAUUGUAAAACUAUAAAUUAACUUUUUAGAAAAACGAACUAAAGAAGUUAUAAUUUUGAAUACUUAAACAGAAACAAUAUUAAAAAUGUUUUAAAGAAGAAAUAUUAAAUAAAUAAAAAAAUUUAUUUAAACAAGUAAGUCAUAAAAUAAUCUUGAUUUGAUAUAAGAAUCAACUCCAAAAAUAAAAUAAUUAUAAACAAAAUUACAAUAACUUGAAUAAUUUAAAACUUAACUGUAAGCAUUCAAAAAACAAAUAACUUUCUCAACCAAAUAUUCUGAAUCUUGUAAAAAUUUGAAAGAGAAUGAAGAAAUAUAAUUAUCUCAAUUCUAAAUCUUAGGUUUAAUUGGAAAAGGUAGUUUUGGUCAAGUCUAUCUAGUAAAGAAAUAAAAUUAAUUAUAUGCAAUGAAAGUUUUAGAUAAAAUAAUGAUAUUAAGUAAAUAUAAAAUAAACAUAUUAUAGAACAUAAUCUAUUUCGUUAUGCUUAAACUGAAAGGAAUGUAUUAUCGGUAACUUCACAUCCUUUUAUAGUCAAACUAAGAUAUGCCUAUCAAACAUCAGAUAAAUUAAUUAUGAUUUUAGAUUAUUGUCCAGGAGGAGAUAUGGGAUAACUUUUGGAAGAUGUAAAAAGAUUACCAGAAGAAUAAGUUAAAAAUUAUAUUUGUGAAAUUAUUCUUGCUUUAGAAGAUUUACAUUAAAGAGAUAUUAUUUAUAGAGAUCUUAAACCAGAAAAUAUAGUUAUAGAUGCAGAUGGACAUGCUAUGCUUACAGAUUUUGGACUUUCAAAGGAGGGAAUAUUUGAUGCCAAUUAAGGAGCAAGAUCAUUUUGUGGAUCUGUUGCUUACUUAGCACCUGAAAUGCUUAAAAGAUAAGGACAUGGAAAAGCUGUUGAUUGGUAUUUACUUGGAGUAGUCAUGUAUGAAUUAUUAGUUGGAGUACCUCCUUAUUAUGCAAAUGAAAAAGAAUAGCUCUUUCACAAUAUUGAAAAUGCUGUUCUCAAAAUCCCAUCUUACAUUUCACCUGAAGGUAGAAACCUUAUAAAAUCAGUAAUUAUUAUUUCAUUAAAUAGCUACUUUAAAGAAAUCCUAUUAAAAGAUUGGGAUCAGGGGUUGGUGAUUCUAAAGAAAUCAAACAGCAUCCAUACUUUUAAGAUGUUGAUUGGGAAAAAGUCAUAAAUAAAGAAUUGCAAUUUACUAUACCAACUAGAAAGAUAAAGAUUAAUACAUAAGUUGGUUAGAAUCUUUUUGAAAAUGAACAAGUGGAGCUAUCCUCUCAUAUUUAAGGUUGGUCCUAUGUUCAUACAGAUUUUUGA